AAGAGGUGGUCGUGUUAUCGCUUUCCCUUAACCCAAUGUUUGGCAGGGGAGGCGGGUCGCCCUCUGCCGCUCCGCACCCUCACCUGUAUGGAUGACCACUACAAUCUCAUUGACUCGCCCUCAGCCAGUCAUAGAGGGAACAACGCCGACAACCACGGAUACGCGGAGACGGAAAAGGACAUCAUGACAGUCGUCGCCUGUGACAACAUGUUGGAGGAGACCGCGGCGCUCCCCAGUCACCUGUCGAUGGAUCGAUACGAGCCGGAUCACGAGUGUUGCGAACGAGUGGUCAUCAACAUCUCGGGGCUGCGCUUCGAGACCCAACUCAAAACUUUUAACCAAUUCCCGGACACGUUACUCGGGGACCCCAAAAAGAGGAUGCGUUACUUUGACCCUCUCCGAAACGAAUAUUUCUUUGACAGAAACCGACCGAGCUUCGAUGCCAUCCUGUACUACUAUCAGUCUGGGGGUCGAAUUCGGAGACCCGUGAACGUUCCCAUUGACAUCUUCUCUGAGGAGAUUCGCUUUUAUCAGCUUGGCGAGGAGGCGAUGGAGAAAUUUCGUGAGGAUGAGGGUUUCAUCAAAGAAGAGGAGCGACCUUUGCCAAAUCACGAAUUUCAGAGACAGGUUUGGCUCUUGUUUGAGUACCCGGAGAGCUCAGGUCCUGCGAGAGGCAUCGCUAUUGUGUCCGUUCUGGUCAUUUUGAUUUCUAUCGUUAUUUUCUGUCUGGAGACCUUGCCUGAGUUUAGGGACGACAGGGACCCAACCACUGUGUCACCCAUUGUAAACGGCACCGGCCCGUUUGUGUCCAACACUUUCACAGACCCUUUCUUUAUAAUCGAGACACUUUGCAUCAUAUGGUUCUCGUUCGAACUGCUCGUUCGCUUUUUUGCGUGCCCCAGCAAGGCUACGUUUUCCAAAAACAUCAUGAACAUUAUUGAUAUCGUGGCCAUUAUCCCCUAUUUUAUCACUCUGGGCACCGAGCUUGCUGAGAGCCAAGCCAAUGGACAGCAAGCCAUGUCGCUGGCCAUCCUCCGCGUAAUCCGUCUGGUGAGAGUCUUUCGCAUCUUCAAGCUCUCGCGCCAUUCCAAAGGUCUCCAGAUUCUGGGACAGACCCUAAAGGCCAGCAUGAGGGAACUGGGACUGCUCAUAUUUUUCCUUUUCAUAGGCGUUAUUUUGUUCUCCAGCGCAGUGUACUUCGCAGAGGCAGACGACCCUACCUCGAGCUUCAGCAGCAUCCCAGAUGCGUUUUGGUGGGCUGUGGUCACCAUGACUACGGUCGGUUACGGAGACAUGCACCCAGUAACCAUCGGAGGCAAAAUCGUUGGCUCUCUGUGUGCAAUCGCAGGCGUAUUGACAAUUGCGCUCCCGGUACCUGUCAUCGUUUCCAAUUUCAAUUACUUUUAUCACCGGGAAACCGACGGAGAAGAGCACGCGCAAUAUCUCCAUGUUGGCAGCUGCCAGCACCUGAACUCCACGGAAGAACUCAAACGGACACAAAGCACGUCGUCUCUUAGCAAAUCGGAAUAUAUGGUUAUCGAGGAAGGAAUAAAUAGCACCUUCAAACAGCCAAACUACACGAACCAGAACAAUCAAAACUGCGUAAAUAUAAAAAAGAUUUUCACAGACGUUUAAAUCAUAUACAGUGCCAGACAGCCACAGGCAACCACAUAAUGUUUUACAAUAAUCAACACGGUGCACCCCUUAAAAUGUAAGCUCGUGCGUUAUUAAAUGUUAUUGACAAACCAGCAUAUUACACAGAAGUAAACCAGGGCACCAUUUGGGUACAAAACGGUGCCAAAAUGCACCGAUUCACGUGUUGCAUUUAUCUACAGCAAGAAGAAUAAGGCUUAAGGGCAGGGACUAAAACUAGAACCAUCCAAACUGCUAAAAUUAUGCUCGUAAGUCCGUUUGUUCUCAGUGUUAACAUAUAAUCACCAAAACCCGUUAGUAUUAACGAUAUGUUACGUUUUGUGGCAAAGUGAAACGAAUAUGUCGCUGUUAAUGUGAACAAACUGAAUAUGCUCGGAGAUAAUGUGUUAAUCAUAUGUAUUUUGUUGAUAUAAAUAUAUACAUAUAUAUCUCAGUGCAGGCUCCGUUUAAACGUAAUGAAUGUUGAAAAAAAAAUAAUACGUUGUUGAUAAUGUAAUCAAACUAUAUUGAAUCUCAAUCGCUUUGCGUGUACCAAAUUAAAUUGGUUAAUGAAAGGAUUUUAUAUUCCGUCUAAAUACUAGCCGAUUUCUUUUGUGAUCAAGUUCGAAUCAAUGUAUUCUUCUCAAAUCACGUUUAGUCUAAAAAUAGCACAUUCACGAUUUCCCUUAAAGUGACACAUCACUGUAGUUUGGUCGACCAAAAAGGAAGUAUAGAGAAAAGCACCCCGGACUCAUCUGGCAUGGGAAACUGAGACGAGAUCAGAGACUGAGAGAGAGAUCACGCCUUCAUGACGGUUCCCCCUGAGUCCGCCUUGUGAUGCAGUCUCCAUGACGACUACAGUUUCCUGGGAACAAGACAUUGAGUUGACUGGAAUUCUGGGGUUUGCUGAUAUUAUGCUGAAAACCCAAGUUCAAGCACAUUUGUUAUUUUACCGUCCACACUUCACGAAAGCAACAGUAUAUUGAAGGCUUCAGGGGAGAUCCAUGCAUCGCCUGCGACAGAUGAGGCCAUUAUUUUUUCAGCGACCGAAACAGAGCUGACCACACAUUCAGGCAGACAGAAGACGUGUGAAUAUCUGUCACCUCCUCUUUACCACACGAUGAACCACAACACACUAGAAGUGGCCUUUUUUCUAAACUCUGCUAGUCAGAUGUAAUAAAAGGAAAAGCAAUAUGAUAAGAAGCGGACUGUUGAACUGUUGGACAUGAGAUUGUCUGUGAAUUCACUGCCCUCUGCGAUCUGGCAGAUAUUAGUCAAACUAUUUUCUGGUAUCCAUCAUGUUUUACAGUUUAGCUGUUGUUGUGACACAUGUGAGAACUUUGUGAAAUCUUUCUUGCAUAUAAAUACUACUGUAUGACAGUU